AUGUGGCCGCCGUCGUCGCAGUCCUACCUGCCCCUCUUCGGUUCCAUCGACAACACCAUUCGAGUUCUCAAGCGGGGCUUAUACCUUAUCUCGUGUGACCUUGAGAGGGUGGUCAAGCCCAACGUCGCGACCCUGCGGGACUCGGGGCUGGAUGAUUGCGACAUUGCCAAGGCGUGCUUCGAUAAUCCACGCCUGCUCACCAGCAAUGUAGAAUCCGUCUGGGCAAUGGUGGCAUCCGCUGACAGUCUUGGUGUGCUCCGUGGAUCUCGGAUGUUCAGGUAUGCAGUGUCUACUGUUGCGUUCCUCAGCGAGGAGAAGAUCGCCGCCAAGGUGGAGUAUUUGAAGAAAACCUUGAGGUGGUCAGAUGCUCAGGUCGGCAUUGCUGUGUCCAAGUUUCCAAUCUUGCUGACGAGGUCCAAGGACUCUCUGCGGAGCAGAUCAGAGUUCCUCAUCUCUGAGGUGGGCCUUUGUUUGUGCGGUAAGAUGGUAGGCCUUUGUUUCAGUAUUCGUGCCUAA